AGCGCUUCCCAUAACCGGAUUUUCGUUUUGCGCGGCGUGGCGGCGGUAUAUAAGCUCCCGGCUCGUUGAGAAUGCUCCACUACGCCCCUCGCAGAACAUGUCUCCCCAAUACACAACCAAGACGUCUAGCCACUCCAAAUCACAUUCCUCCUUCGCCAAAGCUCAGAAGAUGUUGGAAGAGGAGGACCCCCGUUUCCGUGGUUUGGACCGCAUGCUCGCGCGAGCAUACAUCGAGCUACAGAGGCGUCGUGCUCAGCAGCAGAGGGCUGGGUUAUUCGUGCCGAGGAUGGACGUAUGUGACGACCCCGAGAACGUGGUCAUCACCGCCAUACUCGAGCUCCCCGGUAUGAAGGCGGACCAGCUCUCUGUUCGGAUAGAGAACGGACAACUUAUCAUCGAGGGCGAGCGCACGGGCCCGCAUCUGCAUCUGCACACGGACAGCCGGAACGCGGCGUCUUCGGAGCCGAUGCGUCAGGCUCAGGCCCUUUACCCUGUCCAGGAGAUCAAGUAUGGCAAGUUUCGUCGCGAGGUAAAACUGCCCGACGGCGUCACGGCAGCUCACGUCCGCAGCAUGCUCGCCGAGGGCAUGUUGACGAUCUCGUGGCCCCGGGAUCCGUCUAGCUUCGCGGAACACGCCCGUGCGUCCGCAGCUGCCGCACAGAAUACCGGAGGCGGUGGCGAUGACAUUCGCGGUGGCACCGCCUGACGUGGCUCGGACUCGGUUACGUUUCACGACACCGGACGUUUUACAUCCUCUCUCGCUGUUUUGUAUUGCUAUGCACACACCGCUCUACUUCGUAUGCUCGGGAUCCUGGACAUGUUCACGAUACCCACAUAAUCAUUUUCUCCUUGGCUGUAUCAUAAGAGGUUUUACUUGUAUCGUUGUAUCUCACUUCGGCUUCAUAUGACUCAUCUAUCAUGUCUCAAUUAUCAUAAAUUAUGCUUCCC